AGCAUAAGCUUUCGUGGGCUACAGCCCACUUCUUCGGAUGCAUAUAGUUUCCUGUUGGGCUGAGUACAAGGCAGGUAGGAAUUUUUCUCCUUCUCUUUUCAUUAUUACUACUGCAGAGCUGAAUCCACUCAAGCCCAUAUAUUGUUUUCAGAGCAAUAUAGAGGAGUUGCUGGACUAGACAUUUGCUUUUCAGUGACAGUUAAUGAACAAGUCCCAGAGCUGCUGGGCAUCUUCAUCUGGGAAGCAAAGAAGCAGGCAAAUAAUGUAUAAACCAUCACUGCGUAAGAUGCCGGCACAGUCAGGAACUUACUUGAUGGCCAAAGAAUCACAAGUAUUCCUUGGAGGAAGACACCCUCCACAGUCAAAUGCAGCUUUUGCAGCAUCGCUGUCAACACAGUCUCAAGCAGUUUUUGCGGGAUCAUUUCCAACUCAGUCGGAAGAAGAUUUUGCAGUACCCCUCCCGCCAGAGUCAGAAGACAAUUUUGUAACAUUGCCCGCACCAGCACAGACUAACACAGUUUUUACCGGAUUGCUCUCAACACAGUCAAAUGCAGCGUUUACAGGAUCACACCCAGCCCAGUCAAAAGAACCUUUCCCAGGAUAUUUCCCAGCCCAGACUAAAGCAGUUUUUCCAGGAUCACUCCCAACACAGUCAAAAGAAGCUUUAACAAGACUGCAACCAACAGAGUCAAAAGGAGCUACUGCAGUGCCACACCCUUCCAUGCAGAAUGCACCUCCAGAGUGGAAUGAGAUGAUUCAGAGACACAUAGCAGCAGCCCAGUGGGCGGAGUCUGGGAAAUAUCAACAAGAAAAGAUGAAACAGCAAGAGAGAAUAUAUCAUUUCCAAGAGCAACAGAAUAAGAACACAGUACACACCUUGUACAACCAAUAUGAGGAGAAAAUCCGUCCCUGUAUUGAUCUCAUUGACUCCCUGAGAGCGCUCGGAGUAGAAAAGGACCUGGCUUUGCCAGCAAUUGCAGUGAUUGGAGACCAGAGUUCUGGAAAAAGCUCAGUUCUAGAAGCCCUGUCCGGAGUCGCUCUUCCUAGAGGCAGUGGUAUUACCACCAGAUGUCCCUUAGUGCUCAGACUGAAAAAACUGGCUCCUCAGCAGGAAUGGAAGGGGAAAAUUAGUUACCGGAAUAUAGAUGAAGAACUCCACCAUCCCUCAGCGGUGGAUAAUGAAAUAAGAAAAGCCCAGAAUGCAAUAGCUGGUGAAGGAGUGGGCAUUAGCCAGGAAUUAAUUUCCCUCGAAAUUAGCUCUCCGAAUGUUCCAGAUCUGACAUUGAUUGAUCUUCCAGGGAUUGCUAGGGUGGCUGUAGGGAAUCAGCCACAAGACAUUGGAGAACAGAUCAAGAAGCUAAUUAAAAAAUUUAUUGCCAAGCAAGAGACUAUAAAUUUGGUAGUGGUGCCAAGUAAUGUGGAUAUCGCAACAACAGAGGCACUUAAAAUGGCUCAAGAGGUAGACCCUGAUGGAGAGAGAACGUUAGGGAUCCUAACAAAACCAGAUUUGGUGGACAGAGGAACUGAGUCGUCGGUUGUUGAUAUCGUACAAAACCUUGUCAUCCACCUAAGGAAGGGUUAUAUGAUUGUUAAAUGUCGUGGGCAGCAAGAUAUUCAUGACAAGCUCACCCUGGCCUCUGCAAUCCAGAAGGAGAGAGCAUUCUUUGAGCAGCAUGAACACUUCAGAGUUCUUCUGGAUGAAAACAAGGCUACUAUCCCCAUUUUGGCAGAGAAACUUACAACUGAGCUUGUGGAACACAUUAAUAAAUCUUUGCCCGCUUUAGAAGAGCAAAUAAACAUUCAACUCCAAAAAGCAACUCAAGAGUUACUCAAAUAUGGCAAAGGCACACCAAAAGCAGAAGACGAGAAGUUGUUUUUCCUAAUAGAUAAAAUCAAACUGUUUAAUCAAGACAUCGUGAGUUCAGCGGUGGGAGAAGAAAAGUUGUUUGAAAAUGAAAUUAGACUAUUUACAAAAAUCCGCACAGAGUUUCAAAAAUGGGGGAAGAUACUUGAUGACAGUGCAUUGACUGAUAGAAAAACUAUACAACAUGAAGUGUGUAGAUUUGAAGAACAGUAUCGUGGAAGAGAACUCCCAGGGUUUACCAGUUACAAGACAUUUGAGGCCAUUGUAAGACAGAGAGUCAUGGCACUAGAAAAACCAGCUAUUGAGAUGCUGAAGAAAGUAAUUGAAAUUGUCCGAAAAUCUUUCACAGACGUUGCCAAAGAUCAUUUUGAGGAUUUUCAAAAUCUUAACAGAGCUGCUAAGGACAGAAUUGAAGACAUUAGCAAGAAACAAGCAGAGGAAGCUGAAACAAUUAUCAGAAUCCAUUUUAAAAUGGAGCAGCUUGUAUACUGCCAGGACAAUGUUUACAGACAAGACUUAAAAGUUAUCAGGGAAGAAACACCAACGGAAGCAGCCAACGGUCUGAACCCGGCCUCCUUGAGUUUCAAUUUUGGAACUGUCCAGAACCACCCUGCCGUUAAGGAUAUGACUUAUCACCUGGAGGCAUACUUCAAUAGUGCAGGUAAACGUCUCUCCAACCAAAUUCCUCUGAUCAUCCAAUUCUACAUCCUUCAGGACUUUGGAGAUAAAUUACAGAAUUCAAUGCUGCAACUUUUACAAGAAAAAGAAAAAUUGAGCUUCUUUCUUCAGGAACGGAACGAUGCUGCCGAACAGAGGCAUUUUCUGAGUGGACGAAUUCAUCGUCUGACACAAGCUCGCCUUCGCUUAAUGAAAUCUUCUGUGCUGUAGCCUCUCUGCUUUAAACAGUCUGUUUCAAAUGUCAGUUCUUGGUACUGAAAAGAUCUAUAAUCAGAGCUUUGUAUAACCCUUUAGAAAUUGUGCAUCUGUCUACAGUGGCCUUAAAAACUGAAUGAACUAGGUCAGAGUUUAGCUAAAUCACAUAAUUGCUUUAACAUCAUCAGUUAUGUAUAUGUCACAUGUUCAUCUGUGAACCAUUUCAUAAUUUCAUUUUUAAAGUCUUGUUUUAGGUAGUUUACUGUAUAGCAUUAUGAAUUUCCUAUGCUUCCUUGUAAUUAUGUAGCUACAGGGAAACAUUCUGAAUGUGUUCAUUUUAACAAGUGAGGACAUGAGCUCUCUGGUACAGACCAUACAACCUUCAGUAGGCAAAUGAAUUAAACCAUAUUGCAGUGAGAGACUGAACAAAAAAGUGUAAGUAUAUUUUAAAUGUGUGCUUUCCUACUCACUUUUUUUUGUUGUGUUCUUUUACGUGCUUUAUUUUAGACAUGGAAACUAGUUAGUCUAUUUUAACAUUUUGGAAGUAUGGUACAUAUUUAAAAAAAAACAAAGGUAAAUGUCACUUUGCAAGUGUAGUGUGAGGAUAUAAAGUUACUAGAUGCUGGACUGAGAUCCGGUGUAUGUGUUUGACACCUGAUGUCCUGGCCCAAUCACUGGCAAAGAAACUAAUCUUAAUGUGGCUCAAUAAAUAAUGAGUUGAGA